UUACCCUCAAUAGACUUUCCAUCGCUUUAACAUGUGGUGACCGUAAGACUAAGAUGGGUUUCGAAAGUAACUUGAUAAUUUCAGGUGCCUUAUUGUUACCUUUUCUGUUUGGACAAACUGUCGGAUACAAUUAUGACAUAGGAUUUGAAUAUCGGUAUCAGUACAAAGCCGAAUCACUGGUCCUGGGAGAUUUCAGAGUCGUUACCAUUGUCAAGUUCCAUGUUAGACCACUGGAGUGGAGUAACGGUUCUCUUAUCUGUCACCUACACGUGGAUAGCUUCACUCAAUCUGCUGGAGGAAGAACACAUCAUCAUAAGGAAAAGUCUGACGUCCUUAACCUAAAGAAGGCUCUGGCCAGUGUUCUGUCAGCAAAGGGGAAGAUCCACCAUAGUGACAAACAGAGGUUUAACAACUGGGAACAUGACCAUGCAGGUUACAUGGAACAUCAAUACACCGUUCACACUACAGACUCGGGCUACAGAGUAAAUAAGUUCCAUGAAAGCAAGAAACGAGUCUACAGAAAACAUGCUAAAACAUUACAUUAUAGUCACAGUGGGCUUAUUGAGUAUGUGAAAGCUGACGAUAAAAUUAUUCUUCGAAGCAAAAAUAAGAAUAAACCCCCAGAAACAAGGUACUCUGUUCCUGUGAAAAAAGAAAUAGAAGAAGAAACGACUGGGGAACUGAGAGAUAUUGAAUCAAGCACAUCCACAGAAGUGAAGCUCAUCAGCAAAGUACAACUCAGCAAAGCGUAUGCAAUUUCACCACUGCACAAACAUUUGAAAGUGAAAGACAGUAUCGUCGUUCAAAGGGAAAAACAUGAAAAGACCAGUUUAUCAAAAGUUGAAAGAGAUAUUGAAACGAAUGUAACUUGCAUUCAGUCUUAUAAGGACGAAGUUCACAGAAAUAGAAUGGAUUGUUUCGCACACCUCUUACAGAUAAUGCAGCGUAUUCGGAAAGAUGGAUACGAAGAACUGGCCACCAGAGAGCUUUCUAGGAAAUGUCGAUCUAAUGAUACAAUGUGCUUUAGCAGAAGAAAUAUAUUCAUUGAUCUGUUAUUGAAAGAGGGACAAAAUAUUACACAGAAUUUAAUCAUUCAACAUUUCUUGAAAAACAAAAAUGUCAACGAAACCAUUAUUUUUCGGAUAUUCUUCCAUAUCUCGGAUUUGAAACAUCCCUUAUUGGCGUUUUUGGAGGCUGUUGAAGAGCUGUGUCUUGGCCCCAACCAUACAAACAUAGGAACCAUCGCCAUGACAAAAAAACAGAAGUAUGCCUGCUUGGCGCUUGGGACACUGAUAAAGACUUUCAGAAACAAUAAUAAACAUAGUCAAAAAACAGAUCAUCUUUUGGAUUCCCUGAAGAAGUGGUUGUCUCCACAUAACCAGACAAAUUAUAAAGAAAUGUAUAGAGAACAAAGGCAACGUCGCUCAGUCGACAAAUUUGAUAGAAAACUUCAUAAUCAUACUUACUCAAAAAUGGUGUUGAUUCACACUCUGGGAAACUCGGGGAGUGCAAGAGACCAUCUUUUGACGUACAUGAAGCCGGGGGAAGGCGAUAACAGCUGGAGAAGGGCAGCUAUUUUAGGAAUGAGGCACUUUAAUUGUGUAGAGAGUUCUGCUACUUUACUUGAUUUGGCCGUUAACGAUGAACAUGUCAUAGUUCGAAAGCAGGCAUUGGAACGUUUUGAGAAUCAUCCUUUAUCAAAGAAAAGUGUUUCACAGCAUCGGGAUAUCAUUUUGAGCCGGGACUACAGAUACCAAACAUUGAUGCGUAUAAAAAGAGGAAUUCUGAAGGUCCAAGCUGGAAUAGACGGUUUCCUCUUUUCUUUGAAAUUACCGGGUGUACAGUGGAGUAAGCAGCUGGGGAACAGCUCACUUGGAGCCACAUUUGGGCUUGAAUUGAGAAAUGAGUUACGGCUAGAAAUAAAACCUCUGAGUGCACACGCGUUGUUGGAUAUUUAUGAUGAUGCUUACGCCAAAGUCACGAUUGAUUGGCUGGAAAUUGACGAGUACCUGUUCCGUGCUCAUGUGUGCUAUAGGGGACAUGCUGGAUAUGAUGUCAAUAUUCUUAAGGACCUCGGAGUUGAUGGUAUCCAAGAUUUGGUUUUGAUUUUCGACAAAAUUGUCAAAUCAAUUGUUGAGCCAGUAAAAGAUGUCAUAAAGAAAUUCGAAAAUAUUGUCAAUCAUAUGCUCGACAAGGGUAUUGAAUACAUUGUCAAUAAAAUCAUAGAAUUGGUUAAGAAACUACCACUUAUUUUAAAAACCAUCAUAAAAAAUGUCAUCAAAGCAGUCAUGAAGGUCAUUGAAUAUGGAGGAGUCCCUUGGAUUGACCAAAUAAAGAAGAUAAUUACAAAGACCAGGUUAUUUAUAGAAGAAAUCAAAGAAGAUGUUACACAAUUUUACAAUACUAUUGCUGAUGCUAUCACGGUGACGCUUCCAUACAUUGGGAAGAAAUUAAUGGAUACAGUUGCCACAGUAUUUUGGGUGGUGAGAAAUUUUUUGUCAGAUCCAGUACAGUCUGUAACAAAGUUCGGGAAAUGUGUUUUAGAUAUAAAGCUUGCAAUUGGAAUGUUUCUGGACGUGAAAAACAGAAUUGUAGAACAAUUAUCGUUUCUGAAAGGUGGCACGCCAUUUUGGGUAGACUACUGGGAAGAUUUUCAGGAGAUCUGGGGAGAUGUCGAAGAUUUAUUUCGACUUUUAUUUGAGAAGAGAGAGAGUCCGGCUACCUCGGAGUUUGACGAUGCAUUUUCUACAUCUCUUACAGAUGGCAUUUCAAUGACGAAAGAAAGAAGUAAUAUAUUCAUCGAGAUUAUUGAGAAGUCGUUUGGAGCGAUUACAGCUCAGUUCAAAGAAACUUUGACGGAAUUAGUAGAACCCUUUUUAGAAGCCUUCCAAUCUGUUUUAAACGCAGUUAAAGCAAUCAAGUCUGCCUACAUAGCUGUUAGAGAUAUAUUUAUGAAAGUAAAGAACAUUGUACAAAAGAUAUUUGGAUCCAAGUUCCAUAUUACAUUCCCCAAUCGACGAAGAAGUGAAGAUUCCACUUGUGGAGCUGGCGUUUUUCCAUCAACGACCAACGAAAGAUAUCAGACAAUAGGUGUUGAUGUGCAGGUGUCAUAUAAGACUAAGAUUUUAUGCCCAUUAGAUGGCAAGGUUAUCAGGGAAACAAAUAGGGUGAAGAUAUUGCCUAUAGAGGCUGAUUUCAUCGAAUAUGAGGUAAUUAUUGAAAACAUAAUUCCAAACACCUCAAUCGCAGAGAGUGGUCAGUCUCUCACUGCAGGUCAAGAUAUCAUAGGAGAAGCCGACCGGUCCCCCUGUGAUGACAACAGCAUCCAUGUUUCAGUGCGCAAAAGGUCUUCAAUUGAAACAAAAGAUUCUGACUAUGAAUAUAUAGACCCGUCUCCAUUUUUAGAUCACCUGGUUCCAACACCAGAGUGGAUCUGGGAUUGCAAAGAUUUCACUUACAUUAAUGCCAUCAGUGUUGUCGCAGCUGAUGCCGUUGAUGGAGCUGAAGAAGGAAUAGAAAAGGUAGAAGAGGAAUUGUCUCGACUGCGUAUUGAAGGAAGUGAUGAUCUUGGGAACCAAUUUCCACCUGAACAACCAAAUUAUCGCCCUCCCGAAUUCAAAGUUGCAACUCCCGACGAUCCAGUCGCUGUUGAUCAAUGGAACAAAUUUAAAGAAGGCUUCAAGGGACUAGUUUCAGGUUUUAAAGAUAUAGCCAAACAGCUUUUUGAUUUUUCAGGCAACAGAACUGGACCUAAUCUUCUUGACCUUGUCGAUGUAAAUUCGUACACACUGGGUAGAAUACAAGAACUGCUUGGAAAGAAAGUCGGAGCGGAAAUGAAAAUUAUUUUUGAUAAACUUAUGGAGCUUCGUUCUUCAAUAACUGCUCAGAAUCUUGAUGGAUUGUCAAUCUCAGACCUCCGUACUUUGCUCUCAAUGUCAUUUAACUCGGUGACGGGAUCAAAGUCAAACAUGAUAUCGAGAGUGCUUUCAAAAACGGAAAAUGAUUGUCCCAUGUUUCAAAACAGACUUUCCAAAGGCCCUGGAAAUGUUUGUUUCGUUCAUCGGAGUUGCAGUGAAAUUUCUUGUGCUGUUUUACUUUCUCAUGCAACUCACAAAUUUAUGGCCACUGUUGAUAUCAAAAUGGACGGCUGUUUAAAACAAGUAACGUUGAAAUCUCGGUCGAACAAUGCUACUAUAUCUUUUGGAGAUGGCGAGGAUAUAGAAGAGAGAGUCUCGCUGGUAGAGGUAUCUACAUUAAUGAGUGCCAACCUUGUUGUAUCGAUCUCAUUUGACUGGUCUACACCAAUCAUUUCCAUCUCUGCAGAACUUUGCGUUAAUGAUUUCAUUUCAUGCCUUCAUAUCGUACCAGUAUUGUUGAACUACGAACUUGACACUACUUGUCCUCAAGAAGACGGAAGUGGAAGUAAGUUGCCAACUAUGGAUAGCAUAACAGUGCAGGAUUUCAUAGCAGAGCUUUCAGAACAUCAUCUUCUCGAUCAAAAUAUUCUACGGGUACUGGACACAAUAAGGGAAGCAAUGAUGGAUCAGUUAAUCAACGAUCCUCGGACUAUUCUGAAAAUCUUGGGAAAAGAGUUCAAAAAUAAGAUAGACUUUUGUGAAGAAGUAGAUGUGCCAUUUCCUACAGGCGAUUUUUUAAUUGCUAAUGAAACAUUUGGACCUAUUAUGGCUGGCCCUAUUCCAAUAUACUUCGAGCUUGGAGCUGCAGCAUCAGUUGGGCUUAGAAUACACGUGGGUCUUUGUAUAAAGAAUUGCAAUGUAAAAGGAAUACUCACCCCCUGGUCCGGGGCUAAAGUGUGGGGCGGGGCAUAUGUAGGGUACUUUAUAUUUAAAGCCGGAAUAAGACUUACUGGACACCUUCUAGAGGCCAGGUUUCCAUUAACUGCAGAAAUAAUAUAUAAUAAAUUUCCUCUAGAUGUAAGAGGAAGCUUGGAUUUGACACUUGCUCCUUUACGUCUGAAACUGGAAGCAUACUGCAUACUAGAAUUUAAAGUCUGCACCUUGUCAAAAUGUUAUAAUGUUUCCCUUACAAUUUUUCGUGGAACACUUUGGUCAUUCGCUGUUAGACCUGUAUCAGCUAAUAUUUUCACAAAUAUAAAGGACGAAAAAGACGCAUCUCCGCCUGAGUUUGUAUCUCCUGGUUUAACCAGUCGAAGAAAAAGAGAAACAACAGACAAAUGCAUAAUCAAGCAAAUUUCAGGGCGAAAUUAUAACGACACUGCAUAUGAAUUACAAAUUGCUGCAGACGAUGACAAGAGCAAUUUGAAGAUAUUUUAUGCUAUUGGAUUACAACAGGGAGGCACCAAUGUUGUAGAUUUUACAGAAAUGGGAGGGUUUUCAGUGCUCGUUGCGACAAAUGACUUGCCUAAUGGAGUUCCUUUAUACUGGACCGUUAAAGCAGUGAAUAGCCAGGGCACAGAUGCCAGAGUAUACUGCAUGCUUAGCACAUACGACAACACCUUACCAGAUGGUCGUGUUGACCCCUCGUACCUCUUUAGCGCACAUCCAAAUGUCUUAACUGCUACGAUUACUGUAUUUGAUGAUUCAGAUUUAAAGCAGAUUCAUAGUCAUGCUUUGGGUUAUAGUUCCGGUAAAUACGGAAGCGAGGUUGUGCCUUGGAAGGAUCUCACGCUUGGCUCUACGACACUGAGAACAGGAAUUACAAGCAACUUGAAACAUUUCAGUGUUCCCAAUAAUGGCAAACUAACAAGUAUACCAUUCUCUGUAAAUACUUCCCAUACCCCCGAAGACUGUGCAACUCAGUGUAUUAAAUCAGGGGAGCAGUGUGUUUCGUUUGACUACGAUUUUUUCACAGAAUCUUGUGAGCUGCAAAAUAAUGUAGAGAGCCCGAAUGUAAUGUUAAGAAUGAGUGGUACAUAUGUAAAUUAUGAAAGACUUGGUAUUGGGUACAAUUCUUAUGAAAGAUACGAUAACAUUUCUCUGGAACACGGCACGGUAUAUUUUUUCAAUGCAAGGAUUACUAAUGUUCUUGGAUAUGUUGGAUUUCUCCAGUCCUAUGGAACAAUGGUUGAUUUUUCUCCGCCAAAUACCGGAUCCCUAGGCACAAAUUACUCGGAGACCUUUUCAGCAGAUAGUUGCAAUGCUUCAGCAGCACAGCGUUGUGUUGAAGUUACGUGGAAGAAAAACCACCGACAAAUCAUUGACGGAAAGGGCGCCACGACAGUGUUCAAUGGACACACACCUUUAAAGGAUAAAAUGUACACAAGAUCCAAUCACUAUAUAUCGGUCAAUUUUGAUGGUUUCCAUGAUGAUGAAAGUGGAAUUUACCAAUACACAUGGGCAGCUGGGAGGGCAGUUUGUUAUGAAGACGUAGUCAAUUUUAGAGAUCCACACGAAUUUCUUCAUAGUUCGAAGCAUUGGACACACAGUGGUUAUGAGAAAAACAUGUUUUUACUAGAUGGAAAAUACUUCAUGACGGUUCAAUGUCUCAAUAAUGUAGUAUUUGGUGGUUCUCUGGUGACAACAGUUUGUCACAGCACUCCUCUAACCGUGGACACUACACCGCCUUUCUUCAAUGGCGUUGAGGAAAUCUAUUUCGACGAACAUUUUGACAUACUUGGAAUAUACUAUAAAGCGGGCGAUAAUGAGUCUUUUCUAAGGAGUGUGGAUUUCGGACUUGGAAAAACAAAAUAUGAUGUUCUUGUCAGGAAGUAUUCAUAUCACAAGCCAAUGAAUGGGGACGAUGCUCCCUAUAUUGUCAUAGAAGAACUAGAUUUAGAAGAAGGAGUUCCAGCUUGGCCUCGAGUUCGAGUUGAUAAUGGAGUUGGAUUAUUUAAAGCUGGAAGUGGUCCUGAGCCAAUUUUGAUCGACAGAUCGCCUCCUGUAGCUGGACAAGUGCUUGAUGGUCAUGUUGUACAUCAUGACUUGACUUAUCAAUCCACUUACAAGGAAAUUUGUGCACAGUGGAAAGGAUUUUUUGAUCCAGAAUCGGGCAUUGACCAUUUUCGAUGGGGUGUUGGAACUCUUCCGGGGAAAGACAACGUAGUGGCUUUUUAUAAUAUUUCACAUAACACACGACAUUCUUGUUCUGACGUAGUUCUUCAACACAAUACACGGUAUUAUUCCACUGUCAUUGUCUUCAACGCAGCCUUGAAUUCUAAAGAUUCCAACAGUACUUCCAAUGGAGUGCUGGUAGACAAAACACCACCAGUUCCUGGAUAUGCAGUAGAUGGUCCUACUUUGCUCGAAGACACAUCAUUUUCAUCAGAGACAGCUACUAAAAGUGUCACAUGGGAAAAUUUUACUGAUCCAGAGUCUGGAAUAGAGAAAUACUAUGUGUCUGUGUUUAUAAACGAUGCAAAAAUUAAGAAAUUUGAUUCCACAACAGAAUCAACUUUUAUAGAUCACUCGAUCAGCAUGGAGCAUAAUGACAAAGUGUAUUUCAAAGUUGAAAGCGUAAACAAAGCAGGUCUCUCCACUAAUGUUAGGACAAAUGGAUAUAUUGUCGAUCACACACCUCCAUAUCUAAUAUCUAUUCGAGACAAUGAAAAUGGGGAAAUAUAUCAAACUGACGAUAAUUUUCUAAAGCUGAGAUGGCAAUUCGAAGACAGCGAAUCAGGGAUAAAAGAAUAUCGCUAUACCGUUUAUGAAUAUUUGCAUGGAACGAAGAAACGCUUUUGGCCAAAGAUGGAGAUGUUUCUGACUACUUUACCGAAUCCAAAAUCAGGAACUGUUGCCGUAGAUUUUGAUGAACAAAUUCUUGUCGCAGGUGCCAAAUACUCAGUUCAUGUGACAGCUAUUAAUAUGGCUCAACUUUCUACUUCCCACGAGUCAGAGGGAGUAAUCAUAGAUCCGACUCCUCCUGUAAUAUUUAAGGUUCACGUCGGAUUGCUGGAAGAAGAAGAAGAGAUGGAGAAUGGAUAUAUUCAGCAUGCAAAUUCACAAUCGAUUAGAGUUAGUUGGAUUGGUGAUGAUCCAGAAAGCCAUAUCAGUAAAUUCUUUGUUGCGAUAGGAACAAGUCAAGGUGACACGAGUGUGACCCAUGGUUAUAUUGACAUGGCUAAAGAGAUUUCUGCAGAUAUCAAAGUUUCACUUUCAACAUUUUCCGAAACUGGCGAGAUAUAUUACGUCGCUGUCAAGGCUGAGAAUGGUGCUGGUAUCUUAUCCUCCCCACUCUAUUCAAAACCAAUAAUGAUUCUGAGAGAAAAUGUACCAGGUAUUAUUUUUGAUGGUCGAGAGCCUUUGAUCGAUGAAGAUUACACUCAUGACAGAUUUAGUAUUGGAAUGCAUUUCCAUAGCUUUGAAAGUGAAGCAUGUAAUAUUGUUAAAUAUGAGUGGGCGAUCGGAUCAAAACCGUUCUUUUCUGACAUAAAUGGAUAUACAGAAUACGGCAUUGUUCACAAUGAGACUCAUGGCAAAGCACAAGCACAUGUGGAACUAAAAGAAAAUGAAACAUAUUAUGCCACAGUCAGAGCGAAGACGGGACAUAACUGCCACGAAAUGUAUAUUGUAUCAACAUCUGAUGGGAUAACCCUCGAUGUGAGCCCUCCAGAAAUUUCAAACAUUGCACCAAAGAACAGUGAAGGUGUCGUUUAUGACUCUGAUUCUCAGAACAUAUUUCAGUCGUACAUUGGUUCUUUCGAAUACAAAUGGAAUAUUAAUGAUCAGACAGAGCUACAAUUUGAAAAUUACUCAAUCGGAUCGAUGCCGAUGAUGAAUGAUAUCUUUUCUUCAUCUAUUUCUUCAGAGUCUAAAAUUUCACCAAGCAAUUUUUCACCAAAGGCUGGAAAAACCUAUUAUGUAAAUGUUUAUACAGAGGAUUCUGUUGGCUUUUUCACGUCUUCAACUUCAGUGCCAAUCGUUGCAGAUAUUUCACCUCCGAUGCUUCAAAAUUUCAGUUGUACAAACAUAAUAUCCACUAAACAAUCAACUAUAAAAUGCUCAUGGGUUGUCAUAGAAAAGGAAAGUAAAGUGACACAAAUUUCUAUCUGCGUUGGAUCUCAAGAACUUAUUGAUGACAUCAUUCAAAACGUUACACUUCCAUCCUAUCAAAAUGAUUGGACCGUGGAUGUGGAUGUGAAGAAACAUCAGAAACUCAAUAGCCUUAAUUAUAUUUACGUUAGUCUUACAGUUACCAAUGUAAUUGCUCAUUCUCAAACAAACAUUUUCAAAAUUGAAAUUGACUUAACACCACCGGUUAUAAAAAAUAUAGAAUUUGUCACUUGGACAAAUCCUGAUAAGAAUUAUACACGGCAAAUUUGUCAACUGCCAUGGUCUUACGUUGAUGUUAAUAUCUUGGUUCUUGAAGACGAAGAAUCUGAUAUAGAUAGUGCUGAAAUUUGUCUAGGAAGUGAGCCGGCAACCGACAAUAUUAAAUCUUAUCAAGAAUUGGAAAAAACGUAUAUGACAAUAGAUAACAUCUAUGUCCCACCCGGAACAAGGAUAUAUGCAACAGUCAGGGCAUACAACAAAGUAGGCCUCCACAGUGUCAUCACAUCAGAGCCUAUAGUAGUCAGUCCAGAUCCUAGAAUUGACGUUUUUGACGGAAAAGGAGACAGAGAUUCAGAUUUCCAAAUCGAUUUAAAUUUAAUUCAAGGGUCUUAUCAGUACUCUGAUAAUUGCCCGAUCAUAGAAGCUCAAUGGUCAGUAGAAGACUUAACAGGAAAAGUCAUCCAGAAUUACACUGAUGUUCCUGGUAAUGGAUUUGUUUUCUACAACGAUCAACUAAGUUUGAGGAAUAAUUACCUUUACUAUGUUAAGGUUAAAGUGACGGACGCUCUUAAUCGCACGAAAGUGGGAAUAUCGGACGGUAUCACAGUUAGAAUUCAGCCGCCAGUUUCGGGAAUCGUCAGAGAUGGACUUGGUUCCGAGGAUAUCGAUUAUCAGGAAUCACGUACAGAGCUUUCUGCAAACUGGAAUGACUUUGGUGACGGGGCUUCUGGAGAUCCUACUCAGAAAAUAGAUUACUAUGAAGUUUCCAUUGGUGAUGACACAAGGGAUCAUAUUACACGAACGAAUAUUCAUUACUACAUCAAAGUUGGUCUUAAUACGAGUUACACAUUUUUUGGUUUAGACCUGACGCCAAAAACAGUGCGAUAUUACAUAACAGUAAGGGGGUACAGUAUAACAGGGGCUUUUGAAGAAAGCUAUUCCAAUGGCGUUCGAGUUGGAUUUCGCCCAGGAAUAAUACCGGGAGUGAUAGAAUCAGAAGACGUGCAAUCCAGUACAAGCGAAAUAUCUGUUUCAUGGAGUGGAUUUAGUUCAGAUAUUGGGAUUAAAGAAUAUUACGUUGCCGUAUCUACGGCUUUAGUAAUUAAUAGUAAUAAGACUUUCUCAUGUUCUGACGUGCAGAAAAUUUUCUCUCAGUUUGACAUAGUCUCACCUAAGAUAACUGGGCUCGAUACCCUUCAAACUCUCAAAAAUCUCACUCUUAAUCACGGGAUGUCGUAUUAUGUUACUGUCAUCGCAAGUGAUGAGGUAGGAAAGUGUUCUUCAAUAGAAAGUCGUCCCAUUCUUGUUGACACUACUUCACCAGAUCAAAGUAAUGUAACCAUCAUGGUGAAUGGAUGGAAUGUGACGGGAAGAGAAAAAUUUUUCGUAACCGAUUCCAAUGAAAUAGAGAUAAAACUUAUUAAUAUAAAGGACCCAGAGAGUGGAAUUAAUGUUGUUACUUUUCGUUUAUAUGGAUAUUCGGAUUGUCCAGCUUCAAAGACUCCAUCAACUUAUAUUUUAGAAGAGAUACAGGCCAUAAAUGACGCAAAGGUUACUAUGACACAUUUAGAAUUAGAAUCUAUGCGAUAUUAUUACAUUACUGUAACGAUAAGUAACAACGCUGGUCUGGAAUCCUCUCUGUUAACCCCAGUUAUGCUUUUAGAUACCGGUUCUCCGCAUGUUGGGUCGGCCAUUGCUGGAAAUAACUGGGGACAAAAGAUAUUGUAUCAAUCUUCCACUUCAAAUAUUAAAGCUUGGACAGCAAUUGCAAGAACAGAAGAUGCAUACGAAUGUGAUAAUACAAAGGUAAUCUUUCCAUCUGAUGAAACUUCUCUAUGGUCUCCUUUGUCAGGAGAUUUUUCAGAGGGAAAUGUAUUGAAAGAUGAUGAUCGUUGGGUUUUAAAAAUAGGAUAUAAUGUUCCACUCACGAAAGUGUUGAAAAGUGGAAUUUCAAGCCCAAUAGGAGGAUUACGGAAAGGAGAGUACUCCACUAUUCUAUCGACGGCAGAAGGAAGGAACAUUUCGACAUCAUUUAUUGUAUCAACUUCAAACAACAAUCCCUAUUUUCCCGUAACAUUUACACGUCCGCCCCCAACUGACUUUAACAAAGUAAAUUUUAAUACUUCAGAAACAAAAUUAAGCAGCAAGAAUAUUUCAUAUCUCUCCAAUAAAACAGAAAAUUGGAUACCAUCAAUACAGAAUUCGUCUUCUUCUUACGUGGUUAAUAAGACUGACCUGACAAACAAAAGUGUUAAAAAAGAUGUUCCCAGUGGAUUUGGAUUUGAAAUACUAGGUGAUCAGCAAGAAGAAAGCGAGGUUUGGGAUUGUUUGUUCUGGGCAAAAGAUGAUUAUGAUGAAUUUCAUAGAUGGACUCAAAUACAGAAUGAUCCAGUUGAAAAUCAGCAUGAAUAUAGCAUUCAAACUAUAGAGAGGUAUUCAGACGACGAAAAAGUAUGGGAUUUGGAAUUUUUAGUGAACGGAGACUUAAAGGCCAAUAUUUAUGGAUUAUCAUUUGAUUCGACUGACCUUAACAUCUUUGUCCACACCUGGAAUUUUGACAACUACGAAGAACCAAUCAUAGAUCCAAUUCAUCCGUAUCGAUCUCAAGCUGUACUGACAAAAAUAAAAAUUCCUACCAAUGAAUCGUUGGAUUGCAUUAAUGGAAGAGGUUUUUAUGAUGGUGAAAGUGGAAUUGCUGAAAUAUGGGUUGGUAUUUCGGACAAUGUAGAGGAAUCUGGAAAUAUUAAAGAGUUUGAAUUGUAUAAAAAGAUGUGUACACCCUGCUUGUUUAACUGCAAUUUCAGUUGUGAUGCAAACUGUUCCUCCUACGACGGGAGUUUGCCAGAUUUUGAGAAAAUUCCUCUUACUUUAGAAAAUCUAGAUCUAAAGUCUACAAUUUUGUCUAAUGAUGGAUUAAAUGCAAGUGUUCAGACAGAGAUUGUAAACAUGACUGAAUAUUAUGUUAAUGUAAAAAUGGUAAACUUUGCUGGACAACCAGUCUCAACUAUUACAAAUCCAGUUAUUGUUGAUAUUACGCCACCAGUUUGUGAAUACAUACGCUGCUUAGACCCUGACGUUACUGGGAUGAGUACACCAACAGAUAAACUAGGCUCUAAUAAGACCAUCGGUGCGUACUGGUUAUGUGAAGAUAAUAUCAGUGGAAUUAAGAAAUUUAUUGUCAAGGUAGGAACAGAAAAUUCUGCUAAAGGCAACAAAGAAGACGAAAACAUGAUUCCACAAAAACCUAUUGGAACGGUUUCUAAAAUACGAUUAGAUCUGGAUGAUGACGUCUUUUUUGAGAACAAAAAGACUUAUUAUGUAAAUUUAAUAGUCAUUAAUGGUGCCAAUCUCUCAACUGUGUAUAGUUGCAGUGUAUCAACAAUGCUAACUCCGCCUGACGUUUCGGAUGUAGAUUCAAAAAUGAUGAAUUCAGCUAUGAUAGAUGAAGAAACGGGUACAGUUUUUAUGGACUCUUUAGACAGAUUUGGGGUGAAAUGGAAUAACAGGAAAAAUGACACUAAGUACUACAAAUGGAAAAUGGGGACAUAUGAAGGAGGAACAGAUAUAAUUCCCUUAUCUAUAAUAGGCGUCACUAACGAGGGAAUAGCAGAAAUAAUCGGUGGUGAGCUUUGGUUAAACGGCAAUAAAACCGGAAAAUCUCUAGCCGCUUUCGCCCCGGAAACCUGGGGAAAUUUAACCGGAUCAGAAGUUGACAAUGAGGAGAACAACUUCCGUUUUCAGAUGGAGCCUGGACGAUGCGUAUUUCUUUCCCUGGUUGCUUUUGGAUAUUCUAACUUAGAAACCACCAUUUCAUCUCAGAAACUUUGCUUUGAACGAAAAGACAGAGAUUUGGUUUUGAAUGGAGAGCAUGAGAACCUAACAACAAUUGCAUUGCUUUCCGAUUCUAAAUUUAAGGAAGUGUCAGACUUGGAUAGAAGUGAGAACAUUGUUAUUAAUAUUAAAGGUAAAAUCAGUGGUGUUUCAAUCGGUUCUUUAACUGAAUCUGAUCUAACGGCAGACUAUGGAUCGGCUUCAGCCUCUGAUUUCAAUAGUUACUUGACAAAUCCGAGUACCACGGAUUGGGCAUCAACACGUGAUAUUCGUAAUAGAAUUGUGAAACCUCUCGGGGUCAAUUUUUUCAUAGCACCAACACGGACAAUGGAGGUGGAGUUUAUUGAUGUUGACUUCAAAUUAAACCUCGAUGAUUUCGAUAAUUCUACAGUACCGGCACUUCUUCUCUGGGAUAGCUACACAUUUAACCCUGAUUCGGAAACGUAUGGUAUAUGGCGACAUGUGGAGGGAAACUGUGGAGAAGAUAUUAAAUCGCCUAUCAUUGAGGGAAAUAUUUUUAAAACAAAGAUAUGCCAUAAAACCUUCCAAACUUCGUCAAGAAAACGAAGAUCUACUACAUCUCUUAUGUCGAAUCCGUAUCAGUACACAUUAACGGUCAUGAACUUAUCUUUCUAUAACUCACCACCAGAGGUCGAAAUAGAUACUAUCAAAAUUUUGGAAGACAGGCCAAUCAUCGAUUUCCAAAUACCUUACCACGAUAACGAAAUGGAUUCCGUACAAUUUUAUCUUCUCGAAAUGUCAGAUAUUGGUUUCGUUAAUCUAACCACUGAUGGUAUAUUGAGUUAUUAUCCGAAAGAAGACUUUUUUGGAAAAGACAGCAUUCAAAUAGCAUUGAAAGACGAUGCUGAAAAUUCUACAAUUGUGAAUAAAACUAUUUGGAUAGAAGUAGAUGAGGUAAACGACAUGCCGAUGUUUGGAUAUCUGUAUAAUGAUUCCUCAUACAAUGUUAUGAAGAAUAAAAGUUUGACCCUUAUUCUGGAAGGGAACUCUACAUUUCAUCAUCUGUUUAACUUUGGAUUUGCAGAUGUUGACAACAAUGAAACUUUAUCUUUCAUAUCUAGCUUGAGUAAUACAGCAGACGUCCACAUUACCACGACACGCAUCGAUACUGAAUGGAUUCUAAAUGAAACUUUCGAAUACAAAGAUGUACGAACACAUCUUGAAUAUUCAGCAGACAUUGUUAUCAAUAAAACAUUCCAUGGUGACUUGUUUUAUUAUAUUUUAGGUUUUGAUAGCCACAACUUUUUCACCGAGCGAUUGGAGACUCAUAUUUUCAUUCUCUGGUCUCCUUGCGUCUAUGGCUUUUGUUCCCCAAAGUCUACGUCUUCUCCAUCUUGCCAGGAUAUUUCAAGAGCUGCGUCAUUCGAUUUGUAUAAAUGUACAUGUUAUCCAGGAUACAUGGGGAUGUGGUGUGAAAAUGAGAUCAACGAAUGUUUGCAGCAACCUUGUGGCAUACUCUUCAAUUGUGAAGACAAAAUCAACAGUUAUAAGUGUAUCAUCAAGCAAGAGGGGAUUGCUGGUCUGAUAAUUGUGGGACUAGUGGUGAUUAUAUUACUAUUCAUUUUAUAUCGAUUCUUCUGCUGCAACGCAAAGACAUACAGGUAAAGAUU